GUGCAAAGAUGGCAGCUCAAGUCGACUUGCUCCGUGCCAAAGUAGAAGACAAAAUGGUAAGGGAUCGUCUGGAGCGAUUCAUGAAAGAGAAGAAGAAGAAGAAGAAAAGGGACUUGUCACCGUUGGCCGACAAACGGGAGAGGUCUGAGAAAGAAGCGAAGAAAGUGAAGCUCCAUCACCACCAUCAUAAUCACAAACAUGCCGAGCACCGGAUCCAUCAGCCGCAUCAGCUGCAGCAAAAUCCCAAGCCCCACAACUUCAGCACGGACAAGCACGUCCUGCACAGCCACCAUCACAAUCACAGCCUCACCAACGGCACGAAGAAGCCCAUAUUUCCUCCGCCUCAGCCGCGAAAGGUGCCGGAGCAGCUACAGAAGAAGCAAACGGUGCCUUCACAGCCACCUGCGCUCUUCACUUUCACGCCUCUCAAAGUGGUCAAGGCCAAGCCCCAGGAAUUCAAAGAGAAGCCCAGGGAUAAGGACCUGAAACUAAAGCUGAAGAAGGAAAAUGAAGAAGCAAAUGUAAAACACGCCGAACUGAAGAAAAAGAAGGAGCCAAGGCCUCACAAUGAGAAUGGCAAGUCUUUAACACUAGAAGAAUAUCUCCUUAAGAAAAAAAAGAAGAAGAAGAAGAAUCAUGAGGAUGAGCACGGUGUCAAGAAGGUUCGACACAUGCACAACAAAGCCGUUCAGACUGUAUGCUCAGGGGCUGGAACAGAUCCUUCUCUGCCUGGCAGCAUUAAGCAUGAAAGCAAUCACCAUCCUGGCAGAGAUGCUGUCAACUACCCGGCCCACCUCCAUGCUCUCAAACAGGUUCACGCCCCCUUCUUUUCCCACCAGGACCACUACAUCCGCAGCUCCUGUCUCCAGACAGGAACACGAUAUGGACGCUUCAUACAUGAGGAAAGGCAACCCAAUGGUGGGGGGUCUAUCUUGCACGCCUAUGCUGACGAGUUGGCCUGUCUUAGUCCGGCUGAGAUGGAGUGCUUUGCCCAGGAAUUUCUGAAGCUGGCUUUUGGCGAAAAGCCUAAAGGUGCAGCCUCCUAUGCCUUGUCAGUAGUACACAAUGCAGCUGCAUACCUACCGGACUUCUUGGACUACUUUGCCUUCAACUUCCCCAACACGCCGGUCAAAAUGGAGAUAAUGGGCAAGAAAGACAUUGAGACUACCACUAUUGCCAACUUUCACUCUCAGGUGAAUCGGACUUACUGUUCAGGGACUUACCGAGCAGGACCCAUGAGGCAGAUCAGCUUGGUUGGAGCCGUUGACGAGGAAGUUGGAGAUUACUUCCCAGAUUUCCUGGACAUGCUGGAAGAGUCACCAUUUCUUAAGAUGACCCUCCCAUGGGGAACCCUCUCUAGUCUAAAACUGGACUGUCGCUCCCAGAGUGAUGAUGGGCCGAUCAUGUGGGUCCGACCAGGUGAACAGAUGGUGCCCACUGCUGACAUGCCUAAGUCUCCUUUCAAGCGGCGCAGGUCCAUGAAUGAGGUAAAAAAUCUGCACUACCUACCGAGAACCAGUGAACCCAGGGAGGUUCUCUUUGAAGACCGAACUAAGGCCCAUGCUGAUCAUAUUGGGCAGAGUUUUGACUGGCAGAGCACUGCUGCUGUCGGUGUACUGAAGGCAGUGCAUUUUGGAGAAGGAAAUAACCGACCACGUAUAACCAAAGAUGUAGUGUGUUUUGAUGCUGGGGACUUCAAUGAAGUUGUCCAGAGGCUGCAGCUGGAUCUGUACGAACCUCCAGUAGCUCAGUGUGUUCAAUGGGUGGAUGAUGCAAAGCUCAACCAGCUGAGGAGGGAAGGCAUUCGCUAUAUCCGCGCCCAGCUGUGUGACGACGACAUUUACUUUAUCCCAAGGAACGUCAUCCACCAAUUCAAGACAGUGUCUGCAGUCUGCAGCCUCGCCUGGCACAUCCGCCUCAAAGAGUACCAUUCAGAAGACAUGACCGCAAUGGAGGAGCAGCAACCCAACGAUCUCAGCCCCACCUCUGGUCGAGUGUCGUUUUCCUCCCCUGCCAGGCCCGAUGCCUCCAUAACCCCCUGUGCAAGACCACAGGGAGACAACAUCCAGGGUGGGGUGGCUAAAACUGAAGAACCCGAGUUCCAGAGGCCAGCAACACCUUCCCAGGAAACUCAGCCAGCCCCUCCACAGCCUGCUAAAUCUGCUCACCUCCCAACAACAUACAAGGAUCCCCACCAUUUCUUAGCACCAGUCCACCCUGGAUGUACACCUUCAAAAGAGCCCAGCCUUCCGAAAGCUCAUGGCCACACUGCAGACUUCCCAGAAUGACCUUAUGCCCCCAUCUACCCCCACAACCUAUAUUUCCCCUGUAAAGGAAUUUUGGACUUGGACUGACAUCUAUGUCAAUCAGGAAGCUUUUCAACUUAAAUUAUUGUUCACGCUUUUGUUUUUAAUCUUCAAAUGUUGUUUAUGAUGUAGUCACAUUUUUUCCCCUAAGUCCAAUUACAUCAUUUAAUGGGAUUGUAUAAUACAAUUUCUUAUUUUAUAUUGCUCUCACAUUCACUGUAACUCUCCACUGUUUUAUUCAGAAGCUG